AUGGAGCACGCGCUGCGGGAGAAGGUCGCGGCGCUGGAGCGCCAGGUCGAGGAGCUCUGCCACCGGCGGGCCGAGGACGCCCGGGCCAACGAGAAGGUGGCGGGGAAUCUUCGCGUCCCACGAGCAGCGGUGGUUCGCGGAGCGCAAGUCCCUGCGGCGGCAGGUGCAUGCCGUCGUGGCUGCAGCGCGCGCGCGCGCGAGGCCAAGCGCGAGGAGGAGGCCGCGGAGCUGAGGCGCCAGCUGGAGGAGCAGCGGGACACGGUGGCGCUCAAGGACAGGGCCCCUGGAGCAGGAGGUCCAGAGGCGGCAGGGCGCGGAGGAGCGGCUGCAGGCCGCGGAGCGGUCCGCGGAGGAGCUGCGGCAGCGCGCCGGCAGGGACGCGCUGGAGCACGCGGCCGAGGUGCGCAAGCACAAGGCGGCGUUCGUGGAGCUCGCGUCCGCGCAGCGGCAGCUGGAGGCGGACCUGGCCUGCGCCGCGCGCCUCGCGGACACGGCGGAGGCCGAGCUCCGGGCCGCGCUGGAGCGUUGCGACGAGGCGGCCGCCACGGCAGCCGAUCUCCGCCGAGGCCGCGCGCCUGCGCCGGGACGCGGACCACAAGGACAAUAUCCUUCCGCGAUGCUGCGCAAGUCCAAGAUCGAUAUGGAGGACAGGGAGAUGCUGGUAAGGGAGGUCAAGAUGUGCAAGGCCAGGCGGAAGCAGGCGGAGUUGGAGGCCGACCGGUGGCGCAAGAUGGGAGUCCCGUGCCCACCGCCGGGGCUCCUCCAGGUCGUCGGCGCGGGCGCGGCUGCCGACCUGCCGCUGCCGGCCGGGAGCUCCGCCGACAAGCUGCUGGCCCCGACGCCGUGGCGCGCGCCACCAAUGACACCACCAAGAUACUGUUCGUGGACCACGUCGAGGGCGACGGCAAGAAGGACCACCGGCAGGCGCCGGCGAAGGAGCUGACCACCAUUGAAUGUGUCGACCGCUAUGCCAGCCACGUCGACGACAAGCCCGCUGUGGAGGAAUACCAAGGCCUGCAGGAGUGGUUCCAGAUGGAGACGAAGAAGUACACGGCCAUGAUCAAGCACCGGCACACGGCGGAGAUCGAGGCGUUCACGGAGCAGCUCCGGCUCAAGGACGAGAAGCUGGAGGCGUUCCAGUGGAGGGCGGUGAGCAUGGACGUCGAGGCGACGCGUCUCCGGAGCCGGAUCCAGGAGCUGGAGGGCCGUCUCGCACGGCACGAAAAGCACAGCGCCGGUCUGGAGGCCCUGCUCCUGGACAGGGACAACGAGAACAGAGCACCUGAGGAGCAGCUGGAGACGCUCCAAGCGCAGGCGCCUGGUGUGGAGAUCUGCACGCCGGCCGGUGGCCAAGACGACGGCCCUGACGACCAGUGCAUCCCUUUGUUCGCCCGUGAAGAAGAUCACAAGGAGGAUUGGAAGGAGCUGGAUGUGCAUGCGACAGAGGCGCUUGUCGUCUCGGUCGGGGAUCUCGCGUGCGCUGCGGCGGCAUCAACGUCCAUGGAACACGGACGACAUGAUAAUGCCCCGGCGAGCCGGCGGUCUUUCAGGUCUGAGAUCGAGGAGGAGAAGGAGGUCUACACCGAUCCGGGCAAUGCACAGACGACAGGUAGUAGCUCCCAAGAGCAAGAGGCGACGUCUGAGCUCGCGCUCGUUGCCUUGCCGCCUGGCCAGAAGAGCUCCGCUUGGAAGACAGACAUCCACGCGAUGGCGGUGUCGUACAAGAUCAAGAGGCUGAAGCAGCAGCUGCUGGAGGAGAGCAAGAGGAGCGCGGGCGGGAACGGCACGGCGCGGGGAGCAGAGCCAGAGCCAGAGCCAGAGCGCGGCGCUGGGGCAGUUCCUGGAGGAGACGUUCCAGCUGCAGCGGUUCAUGGUGGCCACGGGGCAGAAGCUGCUGGAGACGCAGUCCAGGAUCGCGCCGGGCCUCGCGCGCGACCGCCUGGCGGCGGCGGCGAUGGAGACGGCGUGGACAUGAAGAGGCUGAUGGAGGUGGCCGGGGCGCUGCUGAGGGACGUGCAGCGAGGGCUGGAGGUGCGAAUCGCGCGGAUCAUCGGGGACCCUCGAGGGCACGCUCACCUUCCACGGCAUCCUCCGCACCACGCGCUGAUAUAUAUAUACCCGAUGCUGUCCUCUGUAUUUCUGUGA